AUGGGUAGAGACAAUAAGACAAGUGUCUCUGAAUUCCUCCUCCUGGGACUUCCCAUCAGACCAGAGCAACAAGUGUUGUUCUACAUCCUAUUCUUGAGCAUGUAUCUCACCACAGUCCUGGGGAACCUGCUUAUCAUCUUUUUGAUCAGACUGGACUCUCACCUUCAUACCCCCAUGUAUUUCUUCCUCAGUCAUUUGGCCUUCACUGAUGUCUGUUUCUCAUCAGUGACGACCCCAAAGAUGCUGGUGAACAUGCAGACAGGGAGUCAGACCAUUCCCUAUGAUGGCUGCAUCUCGCAGAUGUAUUUCUUCAUAUUAUUUACUGAUCUCGACAGCUUCCUGCUCACUGCAAUGGCUUAUGAUCGCUAUGUUGCCAUCUGCCACCCUCUAUACUAUACCACAGUCAUGAGUCAAGAACUGUGCAUCCUGCUGGUGGUUGGGUCCUGGAUCCUCUCCUGUGCUAGCUCCUUGACCCACACCCUUCUCUUGGCCCGACUGUCUUUCUGUGCGGAGAAUACCAUAGCUCACUACUUCUGUGACUUGGCUGCCUUGCUCAAGCUAUCCUGCUCAGAUAUUUCCUUGAAUGAGCUAGUGAUAUUCACUGUAGGGGUAGCAAUCAUUACACUACCAUUGAUUUGUAUCCUUAUCUCUUACAUCCGUAUCAUUGCUACUAUCCUGAAGAUCCCUUCUACCAAUGGGAUAUGCAAAGCCUUGUCCACCUGUGGCUCCCACUUAUCUGUGGUGUCUUUAUAUUAUGGGACAAUCAUUGGCCAAUAUUUUUUCCCCUCCUCCAGUAACUCCAAUUUCAAAGACAUCAUCUCUGCUAUGAUGUAUACAGUGGUAACUCCUAUGCUGAACCCCUUUAUCUACAGUCUGAGGAACAGAGAUAUACAUGGGGCCUUGAAGAAAGUCUUUCAUAAGGGAAUGUUCUUUUUUUCUUCACAGCCAGAUCCAUGA